GUCAUAUCUUACAACGAAGCGAAGCGAGAAAAAUGAACGAGAAUAUUUUAUAUUCAUAUUUCGCAAUUGUACGGCGAUCCCACUGACCAGCUCUGAUUUUAAAAUUAGUUUGCUUUGAGCUUUGAUCAGCGUACGGUUGAGGCAUGGAUUUAUCCAGAUUUUUGCUGCUGUUCCUGGGGUUUAUUUCGAUGUCAAAUGUUCUUACGAUAUGCAUUCCGCCUAAUCACUGCAUAGAAGAUAUGGAGGACGCUGAUGCCAAAGAGCGAUUCGACUAUGUGUUGGGCAAAUAUGAGGAGCUGGAAAUAAAAAUUCCCGGAAAGCCAGUUGGUUUGGAUGGAAAAGUGGUUACGCAUGGCGAGGCGGAGGAGCAGCACCUGGUGUUCCAGUACAUGGACAAUACGCCGCAUGACAUCAUCCAGACGUGUGCGUUUGUGGUCGACCGGUCGCCCGGCGAGUGCGAGAUCAUCCGGACCUAUUGCUCGGCCUUUCUGGGACGCCUGCCACGCCCCCUGCUGGAGCGCCAGCCCAUCGCCGUGUGUGAUGAUGGGGUGAGGGUGGCGGAGGAGGAAUCGGAACCGGAAGACAACCCGGAUGCGGAUAAUCCGCAGCAGGAGCAGGGAACUGGUCAAACGGAGACCACAACGGCAGAGCCAGCCAGCUCAAAAUUAAGUGAGUUCUACUGACGGGAGAAUGGAUUACUAGAAAGCGGUUGGAUUACCCCUCUUCAGCAUUUGAAACGCCCUUAGC